AUGUUGAGUGCUUCAAACGCCUCUGGCAGCACGACUGCGGAUCUCACCUUUCAGGUGCAAGAAGUGCAGACUGUCGAUGCAGCGGGCAUCGACCAGAAGCUUGCAGCGAAGAUCGAGGCGAUCGAGGACAUCUCUGACAUGAUCGAAGAGCCGGCUAAGGCCAAGUCAUUCGGAGACUGGAUGAUCUGGAUGGUGCAUCGUGCGCACCUGGAUGAUCCCACUUUGACCGAUUUCGAUUUCAGCAACCUUCACAUGCCCCGUGGAGACCUCGAGGAGCGGAUAGCGCCAAAGCUGGCGAAGGCGAUGGCAUGGAACACCAACAUUCAGACCUUGUCGCUGGUGAACUCCAACUUGCAGAAGGCUGAAGGUGUCGUGCUCGCGCAGUCUUUGAAAACGAACAAGACGCUGCUGCACCUCAACCUCGAGAAUAACUGCUUGGAUUCCGCCUCCGUCAAAGACUUGGCCACCAAUCUUAUGGAAAAUCCAAGCAGUAAAAUCGAGACGUUGCGCGUGGCGCAGCAGAAGCAGGUGGGCAACUCCUUUGGCAGGCCAGUGGAAGAGGCGUUUGGCCACUUGCUGGAAAAGAACGAAGCCAUCCUCAGGCUGGGCUUUUUUUGCAGCGAUGCCCACUGGCGAAACCUGAUCGAUCGGGCCGUGCUGCGCAAUAACGACUUUGCCAGGAGGCGGAGGAAGCGGAACAUGGGCGAGGAAGAGGCUUCGCGUUCCGCUGCCAUGUCCGCUCGGUAG